AUGAACAACGACGGAAACAAAUUCUACAACAUGACCAAAUGGCUGCUUAUGGCAGCUGGAAUUUGGACAUUGCACGUUGAAGAUAAUUUGAAAAUGCCUUAUAAAACCUACAAGUUUUUUCUAAGAUUUAAUUAUUUGUGCUGCAAUUUAGCUAUUGCUGCUAAUUUCAUUGUAAACGUAGGUGUGAAUAAUAGAAAAGCUGUUGAAUCUUUAGCAAUAACGAUUAGCAACCUUUGCAUAACCCUAAAACUGAUUUUAUGUAUGGCCAAACGUAUGACAAAACUUUUGAAGAUGGCAAUUGAAGAUUUAAAAAAUAAUGUUUAUAAUGAUAAUCAAAUGCAAGGGAUUGUGCUAAAAUACACAAAACGAAUAACAAUUUUAAAUAUAAUUAUAAUCACGUACACUUUUGGAUUAACAGCACAUUUUAGCAUUUACGGGGGUCUUGUUGAGUAUUACAAAUACACGUACAAUCAUCCAAAUAUAACAGAAAAACCCACUCAUUUGCUUCUAAUGUGGUUCCCGUUCGAUUUGCAAAAGCAUUUUAACUCGGCCAUAGCAUUGCAAAUAUUCAUACUUAUCACGUGCUCAGCAUUUAAUUUUUCUACGCAAGGCUUAUUUAACACUAUGAUGGUUUACGUUGUCAUUAAACUGAAAAUGUUGCAGCAUUUUUUCAGGAAUUUUGACAAGGGGAAUGGAACUGAGAUGAAUAAUUUACAAGCAUGUAUUAGGAAGCAUCAAGAAUUGAUUGAAUUUGCCCAAGAUUUGAAUAGCAGCAUGAAAUAUCUGUUGCUUAUUGAGUAUAGUGUUUCUUCUGUGAUGCUGGCCUCAGUGUUUGUGCAAAUAACAGAAAGAAAUCAAAUUGAAAUCAAUAUCCCUCAUGCCUUGAUACUAACAUUUCAACUAUUUUUGCUAUCUUGGAAUGCACAUGAAAUUAAAACACAGAAAGCUCCGACAGGUGUAUGGACUUAUGGUCUAAGCCUAACAAACCGCAGAUCGAAAAACCCAUUUGGUCACGAUGCUUAUCUCGCCCAGGAGACAUUGUUUACCAAAUACAAAUUUUAG